AAAAAAUAUCAUCCAAAAUCUGAUAUCAUCAGCAUUCCAAACAAACAAACUUUGUUUGUUAUUAUUUACCGUAUUUUGGUUGUGAUCUUCGUCGUCGUUGACAUCGUGACUCAUGUGGAUUUUUCAUUUGGACAAAAAUGAAUCAAAUUCAACAAUUAUCCAAUAAUCGAUCAAUAAUGUUGAUUUUUUUCAGUAUUUUCCUGAUGAUUAAUAUCGAAUUGAUUCAAACAAUAUCAAUGAAACCAGAACAAUAUCGUCGAUUAAUAAUGAAUCGAUGUUAUAAUAGAACAGAAUAUCAUCAACCAUUAAUAUUGGGUCAAACAAAACCAAUCGGUAUGAGUAUUGAUUAUUUUGUACGAUUAACAGAAAAAUUGGAACAAAAUUAUCCAGAAUUGGAUAUGAAACAAAUUGUAACAAUGAUUUUGAAAAGAUUUCACUAUGAUGGUAUACGUAAUCUUGAUCAUGAAGAAUAUACCUUUCAUCAAAUACGUUAUCAACAAAUGCAACAGGAAAAUGAUCUAAAUCGACGUCUGAUGAAUGAAAUGUUAUUUCAGGAAAAAUUGGCGGAUGUAGAUGACAGUUUACCGGUGUUUGAUGAGAAUGUUUUCAAUGAAAAUGAAAAAUGUGCAAUGUUUUUUAUGAUAUCACAUACGGUAAAUAGAACGGCUGUUGAUAAUUAUGGUAAUCAAAUUGUCAAAGAAUUCGGUGUUGUUAGCCUUAUGAAUGAUGAUAAUAUGGCCAUAUCUUUGAAUUAUGUUUUGCUUGGUAUAGCAGCUGCUUUAUAUGAUUUACCAAUUUUACGAUUCGAUAAUGAAAGAGAUCAAUUAGAAAUUGAUCCAUUAUAUGCUGUAACAUUAUCGGAUAAAUUAGCUAUUUCAUCAUUGGAAAGUAUUGAAAAUUAUGAUAGUAUGCUUGGAUCGCAAGGACAUUGGAAUUCAACAUAUUGUCAAAGUGAAUAUCAAAUUAUUGAUCGUAAUAAUCGUCAUGUUGCAACAAUGUCGGAAAUUAAUGGCGGUAUUGAUGGUUGGUUAAUUGGUAAUAAAUUAUCAACCGAACAUGGACGUCAACUUCGCCAGUUAAAAUUGAGCCAAAUAAUCGAUCGAUACUAUUCACAUGAUGGACUAACAAUCGAUUGUGGAAUUUGUAAAGUGGAUUUAUUUCCCGAAAUUUUUAUCGAUAAUCUUUAUCAAACUGCACGUGGUUAUUCAUUUUAUUGGAAUAGAAAAUUUUUACAUGAAAAUUUAGAAUAUGAACGUAUUGAUGGUUUUAUACAUACAAUGAUUCAACCAUUUCAACAAUUUAUAAUUAAAUCUAAUCGAUUAAAAAAUGCUGAAUGUUCACGUAUUAGUCAACAUCGUAAAAUUGAUAUACAAAUCGAAACUAAAAGUGAUCUUUAUAUUAUGAUUGAUAAUAAUGCACAUGAAUAUUCUAAAUAUCAUCUUGAAUCAAUAACAAAAUUAUUAAUAAAAUUAAAAAGUUUAAAUUCAUUAGGACGGAUAACAAUAAUGGUUAAUGCACAACAAGGUUAUGAUUCGGAACAUUUAUCAAAUAAAAGUGAUGAUUUUCGUUCAUCAUUACAUUUGUUGGUUUAUAAUACAACAUCACAACAACAGGCAACAUGUCGUUUAGCUUGGUAUAAUUAUCGUGAAACAACAAUCAACAGUAAAAAAACAUUAUUAUUUAAUUUGGUGGAAUUUUUUAAACGUGAUCAAGCAGUUAAUCAAUGGAAUAAUGAUGGACAUUCAAAAAAUUUCCUAUGGUUUUCAUUAAAAUCCAAUUCAUAUGAACAUUUAAUUGAACGUGAUCGUUCUUAUUAUUAUCAAUAUCGUUGGAAUUUAUUAUAUUAUCUGAAUGUACGAAUAUUUUUCCUAACAACAUAUGAUCAACAUUUGGAUGAUGAUCUAAGUCAAAUGAUUAUUAAUAAAGGUGAUUGGUUUCGUGUUGAUGCUCUGAAUUAUAUGGAUGAUAUUCAGGUGGAUAAAAUUGUACAACGUAUAUUGCAAACACCGAGGCCGAUACAGAUCAUCGGUGAUGGUGAUGGUGAUGGUAAUGAUCAAUGUCAAAAAUCAACGAAUGAAACCACCAGAAUUGAGCAAAAAUUUUUACUGGGUAAAAAACGUAAACAAUAUUGGGUUCUAUAUCCAAAAUAUUUUCUCGAUAGCCGUUUGAUUCAUUUUAAGUUUCAUUCGGAAACGGAAAGAUUACGUAUCUGUCUUGGACGUUAUCUAUUUCCCGAAACAAAUUAUACACAAUGUCGUGAAUCAACCAAUAGCCAAAAUACAAUGUCAAUUGAAUUUAUAAUUGCACAUCCAUGUAGAUGGAAUUUGAUUGAAACUUGUUUACCAAUCUAUAUUACUAUUAUCAAUAAAGAUGAUAUGAAUAUCAAUCAACAACAACAACAACAAUCUUUGCAGCCAUGUUAUUAUUUACAUUCCAAUGGUAAAUUCAUUGAAGAUGUCUGCCAAUCACGACAACAACAAAUAUGGACAUUAUCAAUGGACGGUCUGAAAUGUUCGGAAAAUUUUUCCAGAAAUUUUUUACCAAAUUUACAAAUUUUAAUUUUCUGUUUACUGUUAAUCGUUUUGAUGAUGAAAUAAAUAA